GCUGAGUCACAAAGUUAAGACAGCAGUCACCUUCCACUUGACGGGCUCCCAAGACCCCUUGAAAACCCGCACGAAACGCUUCGGGCAAAGCGGAUUUCUCUGCAAAGAUGGUGGCGUCUCUGGAGCCGAUGGUGCCAAUCGCGCCCCCAGAAAGGGCAUGUGGACACUCGCGGCUGUGGCUCUCAGAGGUCGGAAUCUCAUCAUGGGCCUCUGCGGUGCUGUUGACACCAUUUCUUCACAGGCCGCGGGCGCAGGUCGUCUGGACCUGCUGGGCCCUAUCUUCCGCAGAUCCUCCUGCUUUUUGCUGCUGCACCUCGUGCCGUUCAGCUUGUUCUGCCUUUCUUGUCUUUCCUGGCUGCCGUUGGUCACAGAUCCUGCCAUCGGCCGCACCACGGCCCAUUUCCUGCUGUUGGUCAUUCCUGACCUUGCAGUGCAGUGCAUCUGGCGUCCAAUGAACCGAGUCCUGGCAUCGCAGCAAAUGACGUGCCCAUUCAUGGUCGUGUCGCUUCUGGUGCUUUUCUGCCACUAUGGCUUCUCGUCGAUCCUGAUUUCCCGCUUUGGCCCACUGGGAGCCGCACUCGCCACUUCCUGCAGUGGUUUUAUGACGCUGGUCUUUGGAGUAGUGGCUGUUUGGUUGGUGGGUGCAGGCCCGACCAUUUGGGGAGGAAGCUGCACGCCAGAAGGCAUGAAGCAAGCUGGAGCCAGCUGGGGUUCGAUUGCUUCCUUGGCAUAUCCUUCUGCAGCUAUGAGGAUGCUUGAGUCGUCAGGUUUUUCUGGUAUUGUCACAACCAGUGCACUACUGCCGCUGGCCAAAAUCGAGGUGGACAUCAUGAGCUUGUCGCUGAAUGUCUAUGGGUGUCUUUUCACUUUGUUUCCGGCCAUUUCGAUCUGCGCUGACACACGUGUUGGCAAUGCUGUUGGGAAAGGCACGCCUUCAGCGGCAAAACGUGCCAUGUAUGUGGCCACUGCGUUGACGCUUCCUGCUGCCACCGCGGUCUCACUGGUUUCCUGGCUGACUUUCCGGCAUAGCCCAGGGCUCAUGUUCCUCUCGUGCCUUGCCAUGAUUACUACCCUUGUGUCUUCUGGCAUUGGCAUCGUAAUGCCCAUGAACUCCGACAUGAAGCCGAACAAUGAUACACACGCAGCCAAAGAAGCAUUCAGCAUCCCUGAUGGGAUUGAUUCUGGCUUGCUUGACCCGAACGCGAGCGUUAAUGAUACAAACAUGAUGGACAUUUUGUCGAUGCAUCAUGAAUCUGAUGUUGCUCUAUUCGCCCAAGAAGAAAUUGCACAGCUUCUUCGUGAUCAACAAGAACUUGUGCAGAUGCUACGCGAGAUUGAUCGUCUCCUGGAAAACGGUUCUGAUUAUGGGAAUAGCCAUCCUGUAAAACGUGAGUUGCGGAGUUUUCUGGCGGAUGACCAAAACGACGACUUUGCAGGAAAGAGUUUGGUGACGCAUGAUUCAAUCCGGGCGAAAGCCCAGGAACGCCGAUUGCAAACGCGUGCCAAUGCUAAGUCCAAAGUCAAGUCAUCGCGGAGUUGGGUCCAAAGGUUUGUUGCCAAUAAAUGGUUGGGAUUGGUUCUGCUGAUGUCCCUGGCUCUGUCUUAUAUUGCGUGCAUGAUGCCAGGCGCACCGCAUAGAACAACAGGCUUUGGCAACGGUCCGCGACAGCACGCCCACGUGGGCGAUGCAGGACCACCGUUCUUAGGAACAGCUACCCUUAAGGUGCCUCCGGCUUGGAGUGUAGAACGCAACCACCAUUACUCCCUGAGAUCUUGGAUCAGUGACCUCAUUAUGUGGUCUACGGCCACCGAUGUUGAGCCUCAACGCAUGGGUCCCAUCGCCGCGCUUCAAGUAACCGGCAGUGCAAAAGAAUUGGUACGUGAAAUCCCUCCUGAUCAGUUGGCAAAUGGCGGUGCAGACCCCGUGAAUGGCAAUCAAGUUACGGGUCUGAUGAUGUUGGUGCAAACUCUAGCACGUAGGUACCUGCCACUAGAACAGGAGCAAUCCACCCGUGCCAUCAGUGAUUUCAUGAACUUUGAUCGGAUUCCUGGUGAGAGUGUUGAUGCAUUGCUUGUGCGGUUUGAUGUGUUGCGAGCUCGUGCUCAACAACGGGGCGGCUUUGGGAUCAAUCAUGGGGGUUUGGCCUGGAUACUUCUUAGGUCCCUCAGAACAAAUGCUGAGCAAACUGAUCGCCUUUUGCAGUUCAUAGGCGGAGCACUUCCCCACAACGAUGUUGAAAUGGGAAUGCUGAUUGAGCGCAUUCGGCGACAAGGCCAUUUGUUUGAAGGUGGGCUCAGGCAUCCAAACCAUCAAGCAGGAGUGGGAGACCCAGGCAAUUACCAUACCCAGCAUAAUGCCUAUGCCUAUUUCCCCACGUUUGGAAAUGCCCCGAAUCCAAACGCGUCAGCCUGUGGAAGUUUCUGUGCUGGUUGCGCGCCAUCAACAGCCGCCUUUGAAGGCAUGGCCGGAUGCAGCGCACACGGCGCAUACGCAACAGGUCUUGAUGCUGAUAUGGGUAGAAUGGCAGGAGGCAUGGAAAUUGGUGGUGAAGGUCAGUGUUCCUACUGUGGGUUGUAUUUCGAAGAUGACGACAUGUCAUCGGCAACUGAGUCCGACACGGGUUCGUAUGACGCUGAUGCCGCAUCGUAUGCCACGGUCGAAGUGGAUGGCCAAACACGCCAUGAUGAUGAUGCAAGGGCGAAUGCAUUGUAUCAAGAUUAUGUAAUGGCCCGCAGGUUUCAGUCAAAACUGGACAAGGGGCCGUAUGCCAGAACUUACUCAACUUUCCUUCCACAAGGUGCUUUUGCAGGUGGAAAGGGCGGAAAAGGCGUAACGACAGUACAGGCGGUAGGCGAUGUUGAUGAUUAUAGCUCCUCGAAAGAGGUAGCCGGUUUGUACCACCAACGUACCCGCCUAGAGGGCAACAGAGUUGGAUUGUUAGUUGACCCCGGGGCUCAUGACAACUUGGUGGGUGGUUUGACUGCAGAAAGAAUGGCUGAGCAGGUUGGCACGCCGAACCGGUUGCGUGAUGUUGAUGGUUGCGGCGUGUCUGGAAGCUUCACUGCUCCUGUCAUUCAUGGUUCUGCAUUGCCGCCAUUGUUAGGUGCCGGUGGGUUGAAAAUCGAAUGUUCUCCCGGCACUCGCGUGUUCGACUUAGAGCUUUCUCCAUCCGGACGCCUCAUUCUGCCCAUUGAUCGUGAUUUCGGAACUGAGCCGAAUGAUAAAAUCCAUGUGCUGUCUUCAGGCCGACAGCGUAGGCAAUCCGAGUUGAAAUUGAACACGUUUCGUCCGAACUUGGACGUUCAGAUAAAUCGACCGCAAUUGUCCCGAUUUGUCGCUCCAGCAUUUCCCGCGACUGUAAUGUCAUUGCAUGAUGCCGAGUCCUUUGCCAAAGCGUGUCGGUUGAAAGGUGAUUUCUCGUGGGAUACUUGUUGGAAUGUUGCGCGCGUCACACCCUUGACUGCCAGGCAUGAGCUUCGUGAUAUUGUAUCCGGUGCCGAUUCGAAUGGCGAAGCCUUUGCAUUUGGUGUGUACGCAUACGGGACCUUUGCAGGAAUCACAAAUCUCACUAAGCGUCAUUGUGAGUUUGUUCGCUACUUGAAUUGCUGUCUCCGAUUGCGUGAUGAUGCUACGCGAUGGUCCAGCCGAGCUCUCAACCGCAACGCCAAAAUGAAACCACACAAAGAUGUCCACAACUUAGUGGGCAGUAUGAACCUCAUCGUGGGCUUUGGCGAUUAUGUUGAUGGUAAGGUAUGGAUUGAGGAGAGUACCACAAAGGUCGACGACGACAUGGUUGCAAAAGACAUCAGCGGCCAUAUCGUCAUGGGGCGCUCUCAUGACUGCAACCAACGUGUGCUUGCCUUCCCUCCUGAUCGCAUGCAUUGCCCUGAGCCGUGGAAAGGUGAACGUUGGACACUCGUUGCGUUUGCGAGCCGAGGCUUACCCAACUGA